AGACAAACGACAUUGCUACCAUCACCAACAUCAACACCAGCUGCUGCUGCUCCUACAUCACCAUCAACAGCAGCAACAACAACAACAUUAAAAUAAUCUCGUUUUGGAAAUUUUGAUGCUGUUUGCCUUUAAAUCACAACCGGAAAGAUAUGGCGGGGCAUGAUCAACGAUGGCUAAGGCUUUUUAUUGUCGUCGCAUUAAUAUUGGCAUCAUUGGCAGCUGUUUGCGAAGCAGGACGUUCACGAGCAAAUUUAACAGCCUGUCAGCAUUUACGUCGCUCGGUCGGUAGACGGGCGAAGGCAUUAAAGAAUCGUGUUCCGCGAUGUGAUAAAUCGGGUCGUUUCGAACCCAUCCAAUGUACGAAUAACAAACGCGGUGAGGAUUGUUGGUGUGUCGAUGAGUAUGGCAUUGAAAUACCCGGUACCAGGCAAGAGAGCAGGAGAGAUGUACAAUGUCGUGAACCAGACAACUGCCCCGCCUCAGCGUGUAGAAUGUUUUGCCCAGCGGGAUUUGCACGCGAUCCCCAAACAGGAUGUACACAAUGUCGCUGUCGCGAUCCGUGUGAGGAAUUGAACUGUCCCAAUGGCCAGGCCUGUCAAUUGGUGGAGGUUAAAUGUAAAACUGAACCAUGUCCCCCGGUGCCGACCUGCAAGAAGGCCCGUUCGCUGAGCAAUUUCUGUCCGGCUGGUCUGCCAUUGGCCAUUGAGGAUGGCAGCAAUAGCAUGAGACCAUUCCUCUGUGGCCUGGAGGAGGGCAAACCCCAGUGUCCACCACUCUAUCAGUGUAUGGUUGAAAAUGGUAAUGACUAUGGCGUCUGUUGUCCCAGUGCCUUGCGGUUUAGCAAACCGGGUAUCUGUCCUGCACCGGAGACCGAAAAUUACACACCCCAAACGGGACAUAUGUGUGGAGCACCCUGUUCGCAUGAUUUGGAAUGUCCACACAUGGCGAAAUGUUGUUUCACCGCGGGAUGUCAAUACAACUGUCAACAGCCGCACAACGUCACCAAUUGUCAACAGGUUAAAGCUUUGUCGGAGAUUUUGAGCAUCAGCGAGCGAGAGGGAAGGGGCUAUGUUCCGGAUUGUACGGGACCCAAUAGUAUGUUUGCCCCGCGGCAAUGUUCACGCAAUGGCCUGGUCUGUUGGUGUGUGGACCCACGUACCGGCCAUAAGAUAAGCGGUACCAUGGGAGCUGCCAACACUGUCAAUUGUGAGGGUUGGGAAAAUAUGAUCAGCCGCUCGGAGAUGGGUCGCAGCUUCAACGAGAAUAAAUGUGAUACGAAUAUCUGUGCGGCUGUAUGCGAAUAUGGAUUUAAGAACGAUCACAACAAUUGUCCGACAUGUGAGUGUUCCGAACCCUGUGAUGGUUUCCAAUGUCCAAUUGGUUCGCAAUGUGAGGUGGCCACGGACCCUAUGUGUAAAUCGGGCUCAGCUCUCUGUGCCUCCUGGCCGGUGUGUAAACCCACCUUGGCCUAUUCCAAUCCCUGUGACGUGGGCACCCCCUUAACCGACAACGCCACCAGUGAGAUUUUGUAUUGCUUCCCGGAACGCAAGGAUUAUGGCAGAGAAAUUAAGUCAUUUUUUGAUGUGGACCCAGAGCCCAAAUUGUCGCGAUCCAUGUCGAAUCGGAUUAUGUGCCCCAGUGAUUAUAAAUGUACGAAGUUAAGGGGAGAAGCUGAGAGCGUUUGCUGCCCUUUCGUGAGAGAGGCAACGAAUCAGGCUACUACCAAGGAGGAGCAUCAGCAGACAAUGUGCGAAUAUCUUCGUGACUUUUCCCAACGCAUGGAAGGUACCGAAGAAGGUAUGAAGCUGGCCCUGCCCACACCUCGUUGCACGGACGAAGGCAACUAUGAGAGUCGCCAAUGUUCGUAUCGCAAAAUCAAGGUAACGCGCGCGGAACAACGCAAAAUUCUGGAAGAGAACACCAUCAGACGCAUGCGCAUGCUAUUGGCCGGUAAUCCGGCGCCCAAGCGUAGCAAACGUAAUACGGAACGUCUCAAAUUGUAUCGGGUUGAUGAUAGUUUACUCAAGGUCCAGGUGGCUGCUCCCGUCAUGGGCCGCAAUGCCAAGGUCAUUGAUAUGGGCGCCUCAAGGGAACAAGGGUUGGGACAGCUGUUCGAAACUGAUUUCAAAAAGGUUGUGCCUGCCCCCAAGAGACCCAUCAAUGAGGAGGAGAUAAUUGAACUGGAUGUCGAGGAGUGUUGGUGUGUGGACAACUUUGGGACGGAAAUUCCCAAAUCUCGAGGCUUCAAUCUCACCGAUGAGUCCUGUGAUAAGAUGCGCAAUGAAAUCGAUUGUCUGGAUUUGACCUGUCGCAUGGGCUGUGAGUACGGUUUUACUUUGGAUCCCGAGACUCGUUGCCCGGCCUGUCAAUGUCGUGAUCCCUGUCAGGAUGUCAUAUGUGGGGAAAAUGAGGAAUGUCGCAUUGUGGAGGUAUCCUGUGAUGAUGAGUACUGUCCACCCGUCCCAGCCUGUUUGGCCCGGAAGCCAGGCCAAUGUCCUUAUUUGGUUCCCCCAGGUCCCGAUAACCAAGACACCAAUGCCUGUGCCUAUGAAUGCCGCACCGAUUCCCAUUGUGAGGGGGCCAAACGUUGCUGCUCCAAUGGCUGUGGCACCCAAUGUGUCCUGCCCCAGAUGAAAACAGCCUGUCAACACUUGCAGGCCAUACAAAUGCAUCAGUCCUCCGAAUUGGGAAUCCCUGUCAAGAAAAUGAAUAUCUCCCUCUGUGAUGCUGAGACGGGAGAAUGGAAGCAGGUGCAAUGCUCUCCCGAUGGCUACUGUUGGUGUGUCAAUGAACGGGGCGAGGAAAUGAAUGGAACGCGAGUGAAAAAUCCCAAUCCUGUGUGCCAAGAGAACUCAGCCUUCCAAUGCCAGAAGAUGACAUGCGAUGCGAAUGUAAUGUGCGAGGCAGGUUAUAAGGUGGACAAGAAUGGUUGUCAGACCUGUGAAUGUCGUGACUUCUGUGAUGAGAUCCAUUGUGCUGCGGGAGAAGAUUGCCAGCUCAUCAGUGUGGAAUGUGUGGACUCGCAUUGCCCGAAAAUGCCAAUUUGUGUGCCCAGGAGGGAGUCAAUAUGUCCCGAAGGAAGUCCUCUGAAACAGGGAUCCGUGGAAGUAAGCUGUGGUCCCCACAAUGAAAAUGAAUCCUGUCCCAGUUCCCAUACCUGCCAACUAAAUCCGGUGACCAAUCGCGGGGUAUGCUGUACCAAAACAAGAGAUGUCUGCUUUGAAUCCAUGGACCAAUCCUGCUUGGCUAAACAGGAUUCCCUGCAAAACGCCACCCGUUAUCGUUUCAACCCGAAAGCCAAUCGCUGUGUCCCUGUGACCAUUGAUGCCCAAGGAAAUAGCUGUCAAACCAAAAAUCUCUUCCACAAUGAGCUGUCCUGUAAUUCCGUGUGUCCUGCCCUGACCCAGUGUGAAAGAUUGAAAUUGAAGAACACCUUGGCUGCCCAGAGGACUGGCCACUCUUCGGUAUGGUUCAAGCCCAGAUGUGAUCCCAUUACCGGACACUGGAGUCCGGUGCAGUGUUUGGGAAAACAACCUGACCUUAAUGGCUUAAGUGUGCCGCUGGAUCAGCCAACAUCGCCAUAUGGUGUGUGUUGGUGUGCCGAUAAAAAGGGUGCCCCCAUUAAGGGUUCUCUAACGCGAGAUGUGGAGCCAGUCUGCAAUAGCCGUCAGGGAAGGAGAUUUAGGCCACAGAACAAUGAUGAACUGACUGUCAUGGAGGAGUUGAUCAGGCAAAUGACAGUGUUGACGGAUUUUGAUAAUUUCUUGGAAAGCGAAACGGGGGAGGAGGAAUUCGUAAAUGGCCCUGAGGGCAGGCAACGUAAAGUGGAGGGCAUUGCAGUUGAUUUUGAAAUUUCGAGCAGCAGUAGCAGUACUUCAACGUCCACAACCACAAAAAUGCCACCCACCUCUGGCGCCCAACCGCAACCAAGUGUCACCGAACGCGUUUUGGAAUUGGCCAACUCUUUGCUGGACUCCCAGUUGGUGGUGGACUCUGUGAAACCCCUGCACGUCAAGACCACCCGCUGUCGUGCCCUGGCCCAAGGUGCCCCCUUCCCGGUGUCGUGUGAUGAGAAUGGUGCCUUCAGUCCCAUACAGUGUAACAAGAAAUAUUGUUGGUGUGUCGAUAGCGCCGGCAAUCAAUUGGACUCGUCGCCCAUGUUCGAAAAGGGUGAACACAACUGUUCGCCCACACCCAUUUCGGCGGUAAUUAUUGAAAUGCACAUGCAGAAUAACACCGGAACGGCAGUGCACAAUGUCUACGAUAUCAUACGCAGUGAAUUGGUCCAACUCCUGGGACGUCCUGUGGAGAAUCUACGCGUUCAAGAGUUCUCCGAUGGUUCGGCAGCCAUCCAUUUCGAAUUGCACAGUGAGGACAAAGUGGAUCUGGCCUUUGCCAUUGAGACGACCAUAACAAGUGGUGAUUUCCGACUGGCCGCUGGCCACUACACCACCGACAUAACCCGCACCCAAUUCAUACAUCGUCGCGAAGAGUUACCCACCUAUGCCAAGGUGGUGACAUCCCAUGAGGGUACCAUCCAACUGGUACUCUUCAUUACGGCCAGUUGUACCACGCUGCUGAUUUGUGCUUUCGUUGUGUACUUUAUGCUCAAGCGGGGCAAAGAGAAAGCCGCGUAUUAUGAACAUGCUGUUGUAGCCCCGCCACCACCCUAUCAGUCACGUAAAUCCAGUCUGACAAAUGAUUCGGAAUUUGCCUCACCGAUUUUUGUCCUUAGUCCGGAACAUGAUUUGGAAAGUAUUCGACCACCAAUGGAGAAUAAAGCGCAGAAGUUUUAAGGCCUUUGGCGGGGAGAAUGUUAAGUGCGCACAAAAGGGGGAGAUUGAAAGAACCGGAGCCGUUUGUGUGAAAUUGUUUUAAUUUUAUUUUUUUAUCGAAGAUAUUGUAAAUAGUUAUUCAGUUUUAGAUACAGAACAGAACAAAUGAGAGAUUGGUUUUGGUAUUUGACAAAUGGCGAAGGGGAUGGAAAAGAAUUUGCGGAGGUAUUAUUUUGUAACUAUUUGAGAUUUAACUCGAAAUAUUUUAGUCAUAAUUCGAAAGUUCUAUUUGAGAUUCGUAACAUUUUUAUUGUGUUUCGUUACAUUCCGUUUGAAAUUCGAAGUAUUUCAUUUGUAAUUUGAGAUUUUCCAUUUUCCAGAGAGCGAGUUUUGCUCUCCAGUCGAAUUGAAGCAUAGAAUACUCCUCGGAGUAGGAAAAAUCGUUAAUUUUCCAUUUUUCGAUGUCCCUCGAAUAAGGGGGAACAUGUCGAGCUCAUGUUUUCUCAACCCUUGCCGCUGAUGUUUUUUUCGACUUUCACAGCAACAGCAGAACCUGCGCCGCACCCACAUACAAAAAAGCGGAGUAAACAUCAAAAAAAAAAAAACUCGCGCUCCUUGAGUACUCCCGCUUGCGAGGCAGUUUCA